AUGACCCAUGGUGCCACUUGCAGAGUCUUCUUGAUUCUUUGCUGUGCCCCUGUCUUUGUUCCUCCAAUUUGGCCAAGAGCCCCUCGUACAAGCCUUCGCAGUCAGCUUCGCAGUCUUCCAGAGAGGAACGCGGAUUUGGGCAGAGCAAAUGGUUUCUUCCCUUACACGUAUGCGGACUUCCAGAGGACGCCAGAGGAGGUAUGGACUGUUUGGGAGGCGGCAGUCCCAGACGAGCAGACAAGGUCAGGCUUGGCACAAAUGGACCUGCCCGAGGCAUCACGAUGGGCCUUGCUUGUGGAAUCCUUGCGGUGGGCUGCUCGUGGCCACGAUUUUCUGUCAACAUGGGCUGAAUCAGCACAAGGCUUGCCAAAGGAGACCUUGCAAACUGAGAUGAGCAGCCAAAGUUCUGCUUCAACCCUCAUCCGUUUGGCAGUGAAAGCACUGGCCGAGCUCCUUGCAAGAAGCCGACAGCCCGUGGAAAAGAGUGAGUUCUGUGCUUUGUUGUGGUUCCUCGAGUUUAGCCUCAGUGAGCAGGCGAGGGAUGAAAAGCAAAUCUCAGACAUGUGGACGUCCGUCCUACAAGCUUUGCAAGACCAGAAGGUUGAACGCCUUGAUCCUGGCGUUAAGGGUGCGGACCUCCUUGUUUGUGUUGGAGACGUUCUGAGGGUUAUCCACGAGUGUUGCAGCGCGAUGAAGUUGAAAUGUCCAUGGCCCAAAGACAUCAGCUACUUGGAUGCGGAUGCGCUGCUCUUUGUGAACAUGGUCAAGGCGUUUGAGAAAGAGAAAAGCAAGUGGAAGCCAGUGGCAAGCAGCUUCAAGGCUGCUCGGGCAGCGCAAAACUUGCGACAGCUUGUGUACUCAGCACCUUUCCAGAUGGACACCAUUAUGCAGCGAUACAGGAAGCUCUUUCAGAAUGCAAAGAGUGACCAAGAGAUGCUGAUUGGAAGUUCGCUUCAGUUAGGCUUGAAGGUGGAUAAGAAAGAAGAGGCGGUAGAGGCUUCAGAACAGGAUGAGGUCGAAGACCUUGAGGAGUUAGAAGAGGAGGACGUUGAAGAGGACGUGGAAGACGACGACGAAGAAGAUGAGGAAGAUGUGCCAAAGCUCUCGUUGGAACAGCGACGCCAAGCCCGUGUGGAAUGGGAUCCAGAAGUAAUACGGCACCAAACAAGCACGGAAGAUGCGGAGGUUGCCGACCAGCUCGGCCGUGCAGCUAUGUAUAUGCACCACAUUACUGCACCCUGGAAACAGCGGUUCAUUCGGGAAGCAGCAAAGCGCGCUGGCCUCUCUGGGAUCUGCGUAUUUGGAAAACCGGGGCGAAUUCUGGUUGAAGGGCCUUUUGUGAUGGUUUCUGAAUAUACCGCACGGAUCAAGUCAUGGCCCUGGAAACGCUGCGAUCUCGAAGGGCCAUGGACAGUGAACGCGUCCGAAGGCCGAGCCUUCAAAGGCUUUCGAGAGAUCCCCAAGGUCGAUUUCAAGAAGGAAGUUGCCGCGGCGGGUAUAUCGCUGAAAGGCAUCAGAGCAUCUUGA